CCCGUUUCAGUGUGGCCAAAGUUCGUGCAGCCAAGCCACGCGAAAAUAGUGUAAAUCGGAAAAUAAAAGAGUCACGUUUGGUGUUUUUGCUGCAUAUUCUGUGUGAAUCGGAUUGGGGCUUGGCUUUCUUGAGGAUUUUCCAAGUUCCAAGCUGUCUGUGAAUAUCUUCUGCGAACACGUGCUUCAAUAUGCCCAACAGUAAUGCAAGUGAUGCCUUGCAGUGGUACCGGCAGCCCAGGGAUGGACUGCACCUGAGCAAUCUCUGCGAGAAAAGCCUGGGGAAGAGCGUAAGUCACUUGACGGCCACGCACUACUACCACGUGGCCUGCGAGAAUGAGAUGCAGAACCUGCGGAAGAUCGUGGUGGACUGGUUUCUCGUCAACCUCAUGGACCCCUCCGUCGGCCAGCCCCACCUGCUGCGACGCAUCCCCAUAGAGCUGAUGACUGAGCUCGUGGCCAGCCCCAACCUGUACGUGGUGCCCGGCGAGAAGGAGUUGUACGAACUGCUGUGCAUGUGGAUGUAUCUGCGCAUUCACCUCGGCUCCGAGCCCGGGGAUCUGGAGAACCAGGGAAAGGCCCGCCAGACGCUGCGCAAGCUGGAAGCGGCUCAAAUGACUCCGUUGCGGUACUUUGCCGAACGCUACGGCCCUCGUGGCUCCUUUCUUGAAACUGCCGCCGGACAGCCCUACGUGAAGGUGUUCCAGAAGCUGCGGACUCAGUAUCUCUGCAUAAGCGACAGCAGUGUGAAGGAGCUGGACGACGGGAGGGUGCUCCCGGCGAAAUGGGUAGGAGGCCAUUUGCUGAACUCCUGGUUGGACAGCGUCCUGUAUUUCGAUGUCGAUGCCGAGUAUCUGCCGCAUGGCAUGGUUACCAGCGAGUUCUUCCUGAAGCGGUGCAACCGACUCGGCAUAGUUCUGACCAAGCCGUCUAAGGAAUGGUGGCGCUGGCCGAAUGUUGCCAUUGGCAUGGACAUUUGCGGAACAAUGCAGGAUUACAAGCUGAAGAUUCGCUUCGAAUAUGACUUGAAACUCUCAGGACUUCUGAAAUACUACCAGAGGCAACAGAUCCUAGUCCGCGGCCUCGUAGUCGCCCUAAAGGAAGGACUGCAGCUGGGACACAGCGCAAAGUCGCCAAUUAUUCCGCUGGACGCGAGCUUGGAGAGCGGAAUGCCGGUAACAAUCUUGGAGGUGAAUGGCUGGCUGCCGUAUCCCCUCAAAGUUUCGCUCAACAUUUUGAUUGGUGUGCCCCUCCACGAGAGCUUCAAGGUUGCCUGAGUGCUGCACGCUGAUGCUCCUGUAGAGCUGAGAUGCGAUCCACCGACCUGUUCUUAAAUUCUAUCCAUAAUCCAAUAUAUAUAUUUGUCUAUUCACAAUAAACCCCAUCUGCUCUGCCAGGUCCC